AUGACGUGGGGAUUAAGCUGUGGGACGCGGCUACAACAGGGAAUGCUGAAGCACAGCGCAUGCUCCCGUGGUGGAGGACUAUCUUUGAAACUCUGAAGGCUCAGGAGACCGUUAAGAAUAAAGACACUAAAGACAGGAAAGGUCUCCCGGUCGAUAAGAAGACCUCGGAGCCUCUUGAGGUGGGCGCCGCCAAGUACCCCCCAGAGGAUGAUCCUUUUGAUCCAGGACCAGUGGACCCAGAGGAGGAGCCAGAUCUCUACCCUCCCGAUCCCCAGGACGUAUGGGCAAAUAUUAAACGACAAGCUCUGAAAGAGGGGGACUUGCAACUUGCGAAAAAAAUAGUCGCUCCUGUUAUCUAUCAGGGGAGGGGGGCUCAAUGGGAGGCAUUAUCCUUCCCUGUGGUGAAGGAGUUGCGCCGUACUGUUACCGAGCAUGGCCUCUCUUCCCCAUAUUUCGCGAGUUUGUUAUCUUCUGUCUUAGAUACUUAUGUCAUGACUCCGCAUGAUCUCAAAUCUCUCGCACAGUUGCUGUUAACCCCCACACAGUAUUCGCUAUGGGAGUCGCAAUGGGGGAGGGGACUCCAAACGCUUUUACUAACCUAUGUGGGCCAUAAUAAUCCUGCUCUUGCUGCAUUGACUAUUGAGCAUCUUACGGGUACUGGCCAGCACACGGACCCGGUGGCUCAGGCGAGGGAUAUUCCGCGGGAAGCGCUUGACGCCACGCGGAAUGAAGCAAAGAAGGCUCUGCUUAAAAUACCUGACUCUCAAAAGCCACAAAAGGCUUUUACUACCAUUACUCAGGAACCUCGGGAGCCUUAUAUGCAAUUUAUUGACAGAUUAAAGCAAGCCUUAGAGCGCCAGAUAGAUAAUGUGGAAGCGCGGGGGUGGUGGCGGCAGCGAAAUGGCGGCGGCGGCGGCGGUCGGGCGCGCAGUGCCGGCGUGGCGGCGGCGGCUGCUGUGCCUCUGUGUGUGCGCCGCGCUGCUGCUGCCGGCGGCGCGGGGCCUCACCGAGGGGCUGUACUGCGGCCGCCGGGUGUGCUACGAGGUGCUGGGCGUCAGCCGGCAGGCCAGCAAGGCAGAGAUCGCCCGCGCCUACCGGCAGCUGGCCCGCAAGUACCACCCCGACCGCUACCGCGGGGAGCCGGCCGCGCUGGGCGGCGGCCCGCAGGCGGCACACGAGAAGUUCCUCCUCAUCGCCACCGCCUACGAGACGCUCAAGGUGAGAGAGCGGGGACCGCCGCCGCGGCCGGAGCCGCUCCGGAUGAAGAAAUGCGCAAAGAUUAUGACUACAUGUUGGAUCAUCCUGAAGAGUAUUACAGGCAUUAUUAUCACUACUACAGCAGGAGAUUGGCACCGAAAGUGGAUGUUAGAAUAG